CUACGGCAGCAACUACAACAACUCCUGCCCCGACAACAACAACUGUUGCUCCGACAACAACAACUGCUGCCCCAACAACAACAACAAUGGCAGCAACUACAACAAUAGUUGCUCCAACAACAACAACUCCUGCCCCGACAACAACAGCUACGGUGGCAACUACAACAACUGCUGCUCCAACAACAACAACUCCUGCCCCGACAACAACAACCACGGCAGCAACUACAACAACUGUUGCUCCAACAACAACAACUGUUGCUCCGACAACAACAACUGCUACCCCAACAACAACAACUACGGCAGCAACUACAACAACUCCUGCCCCGACAACAACAACAGUUGCUCCGACAACAACAACUCCUGCCCCGACAACAACAACUGCGGCAGCAACGACAACAACUCAUGCCCCGACAACAACAACUACAGCAGCAACUACAACAACUGCUGCUCCAACAACAACUACAGCAGCCACUACAACAACUGUUGCUCCGACAACAACAACUGUUGCUCCGACAACAACAACUGCUGCCCCGACAACAACAACAACUGCUGCUCCAACAACAACUACGGCAGCAACUACAACAACUCCUGCCCCGACAACAACAACUGUUUCUCCGACAACAACAACUCCUGCCCCGACAACAACAACUACGGCAGCAACUACAACACCUCCUGCCCCGACAACAACAACUGUUGCUCCGACAACAACAACUGCUGCCCCAACAACAACAACAAUGGCAGCAACUACAACAACAGUUGCUCCGACAACAACAACUCCUGCCCCGACAACAACAGCUACGGUGGCAACUACAACAACUGCUGCUCCAACAACAACAACUCCUGCCCCGACAACAACAACCACGGCAGCAACUACAACAACUGCUGCCCCAACAACAACAACUACGGCAGCAACUACAACAACUCCUGCCCCGACAACAACAACAGUUGCUCCGACAACAACAACUCCUGCCCCGACAACAACAACUGCGGCAGCAACGA